UUCUACGCUUCGUACUGUUGUGGUAUAGUUUAUUUGGUGAAAUAGACAAAUAUCCUUUGGUUAAUGUAUUUACACAAUUUUCUGGUGCCAGUGGAGAACGCAGUCACUUCAUUCUCUCCGUUCUGCAAGGAAUCGUCAAAGUCUUCUAAGCUAUAAAAAUAUUUGCGACUUCCUUUAAAAAUCGCUCAAAGACAAAGGAAAUGAUGGUGUCGCGGUUGUCUCUCGGUGCAAAACCCAUUUUGUUCGCUCUCAGAGCUUUCUCACAGAAACCGGUUUUGCCUAAGUACCCAGUACCUCAACUCAGUUCUACCUUGGAGAAAUAUUUGAAAUCUGUUAAACCGUUUUUGACACCGGAAGAACAAAUUGAAGUGGAAAAUUCAAUAAAGCAGUUUGGUGCCCCAGGUGGAGAAGCAGAAACAUUGAACGCUUUGCUUUUGCAAAGAGCAAGCAAAAUGGACAAUUGGUUAGAAGAGUGGUGGGUAAAUACUGCUUACCUUCAGUACAGAGAUCCGGUUGUUGUGUUUUCUAGUCCAGGUCUUGUAUUUCCAAAGCAAACUUUUAAAUCUGAUGAUGAUAGAUUGACAUGUGCUGCUAAAAUGAUUGCUAUCGCUUUAGACUACAAACAUCUUAUUGAUUGUGAAAAAAUUCCACAGGAAAUGUUUGGUAAACACCCGCUGGAUAUGAGCCAAUACCAAAAAGUAUUCGGAACAUGCAGAAUUCCUGGGUCAUCUUGCGAUAGCCUUUCUUAUCACCCCAGAUCAGAGCAUGUAAUUGUCAUUUCAAAUAACCAUUUUUACAAAGUUGUUGUAAAAGAUGGUAUUCACUGGUUGAAAUAUAACCAGAUUGUUGAAAGUUUAAAAGAUAUUUGGUCAAAAACUUGUGAAUCUCCUGGUGCACCAAUAGGGUUAUUAUCCACAGACCACAGAGAUAAUUGGUUCUCAAGUUACGAAGAGUUAAAGAAGAUACCUAGCAACACUGAAAACUUAAAAGCAAUCGAGGAGUCAUUAUUUUGUUUAUGUUUGGAUGCAGUGGAUCCAUACUUUUGUAAGAACAAUAUGACAACGACCGGAAAGCAAGUUGUUCACGGUGGAGGUCCAAAGAGCAAUGCUGCUAAUCGUUGGUAUGAUAAGACGAUUCAGUUUAUUGUUAGUAAAGAUGGUGGCAUUGGAUUGACUUAUGAACACAGUCCAGCUGAAGGGCAGCCUAUUGCAAUUAUGAUGGAUUAUAUUAUGAAAAAUCUUGAAACUGCAGAAAGAGGAGAUGAAAAUAUCACAUCAAACUAUAAUGAAUUGAAAUUUGAAACUAAUGAUGCCAUCAAUGAUAAAUUGAAGAUUGCAGAAGAUAAUUUAACAAAAUUAGUAGAUGAUUUGGAGUUCAACUGCUUUUCAUUUGAUGAUUUUGGCAAAGAAGAACUGAAAGGGUUUCAGGUCAGUCCAGAUAGUUUCCUGCAAAUGGCUAUGCAGUAUGCUUUCUACAGAAUUCAUAAAGUACCUGGUGCACAUUAUGAAUCUGGAUCCACUCGGAUGUUCAUUGGUGGAAGGACUGAAACGAUUCGUUCCUGUUCUGUGGAAUCGAUCAACUUUGCCAAAGCAAUGAUGGACAGUUCUGCCAGUGACCAGAGCAAGGCGAAUGCACUCAGAACUGCGAUCCAAGCGCAUAAGGACUACGCACUUGCUGCACUAAAUGCCCAAGGGAUUGACAGGCAUCUGCUCGGAUUGAGAAUGAUCGCUAAAGAUAACAAAUUGCCAAUUCCAACAUUGUUUAAUGAAAAAGCCUAUAAGGAGAGCACACAUAUGAGAAUCUCAACAAGUCAGGUUGCCUCAUUAUGUGAUGGUUUCAUGGUAUAUGGGCCAUUGGUCCACAAUGGCUACUCAUGCUGCUACAACCCAAGGAAAAAUAACAUAAACUUUGGCACAUCAAGUUUUGUAUCUUGUACUGAAACGAGUGCAAUUAAAUUUGAGGAGGCUCUCAGGAACUCCUUGAAUGACAUGAGGAACGUUCUUCUCAAAGCUCCUCAGGCUAAACUAUAAAUGUGGUAUUUCCUUGAUGUACGCGAGCAAAAUAUUUUGGAUAUUGUGAUGUAAGAGAAUUAAGACAGUUCUAAAGAUUCUAAUAAUAUUUUUAUUGAUGCUUGAGUAUUAUAUGUAUAUAUAUUUUUAAAUACUAUUUUUUUGUAAAGUGAGUGAACUAUUUUUUAUUAUGCAUUGUUUUCAUGAAAGUAAAGAAUCUAUUUUAGAUACAAAAUAUAUUUAUUAUAUAUAACUAUAAUUCACCUCCCAAACACAGUUGUGGCCCCGUUUCAGGCAGGCACUCCACUAAUGCUCUCUCAAGUGCCAUGGUCUGAGACCAGUUGGGAGUUCAGCUGGGGUGGUACAUCUUUCAAAUAACUGAGGGGCCCUAGGUCAGUUUAGCAAGGACAGAAACUUUGUGUAGAGCAAAAGCUGGCUUGAUCCCGAUGCUCUGUGUGCAUAGGGACUGCAAAAGCACGGUCCAUCGAUCAUUUUGGCUUGACAAGUUUUUAGCAAGAGAUGUCAAAAAGUUACCACAUAGUUAACUGACUUGUGGCGGCCAAGCGUUUAUAGCGAUGUCGCUUGUUGACUCAGCAGUGGAAGAAGGGACUCUUGAAAUGAGUGGCCAGUAGCAAAGUCUGCUGUCGAGAAGGCGAGAGUGAGGCUGAUACUGCAAGUGCUCUUACUGUUGACCAGGUGUUGUUGGUAGUGUUCUAGGUAGACAGCGGGAGAUUGUCAAGGAAA